UGUAACUCGAAUUUCUCCGGAAAUGUUUUCUCUAGUCACAGGCAAACGACACAAUAUCUACUUUCUGCUGAAGAUUAGAAUUAGAAUGUAUCUCAUUUAAAUCAUUUUUUCUUUCUUUAGUGAGGCUCGCUUGUUUGAGUUGGCUCGACCGUUCUUUGUCGAGUUUAUUUGUACACUUUUAGUAUUUCGUUUUAUUUAGUUGCCGCGUGAGAUUGUUUGGGCGUAUUGUUUUUUUCCACAUCUGUCUGACCUUACUUGGGAAUGUCAAAACUGUUUUUGCUCACAAAAGACAAUUACUCACUUAAUUUUGUUAGCAGAAUUGAAACGUGUGUUGAAGAAGAGCAAGUGUGCUGAUAUCGAUACUUCUAGUGGUAGACAUGGAUCCUAUGGAUGGAGGAAUGCGUUACACUCCCAAUUCUUCGGGCAAGGACUGGGACCAAGCUGUCACAUUUUUGCCAGCGUCAGACAAUAAAAAGCUGGAGAAAAAAAGAGGUCCUGGGAAGGUUGGGAUCAUUGUUGGCCUGGUGAUCUUGGCGGCCAUUUUGGCUUUGAUCAUUGGGGUGGUGGUCUGGCAUUUCCACUUCCGGAAGGAUUUGAGGUUACAGAAGAUUUACACCGGCUCCGUUAGAAUAACCAAUCAAAAUUUUGUGGAUGCGUAUGAAAAUCCAGAGAGUAACGAGUUUAAAAGCUUGGCAAACCAAGUGAUGGCUCAGCUGAAAUCAAUGUACACCGAGUCUUCACAACUGGUGAAAUAUUAUGUCGGUUCCAAAGUUCUUGCCUUCAGUGAGGGCAGUGUAAUUGCUUACUACGAGUCAGAGUUUAAUGUUCCUGUGGGGCAGGAAGCUUCAGUGGAUCAGGCUGUGAUCAAUUUGAAUGAGAUGUAUAACACCAAUAAACAACGGCGUUUUGUGGAUAAACCUGGUUUACUAAUAUUCGACCGCAUCGACUCUUCAGCUCUGGACACACGUAUGUCAGCAAAAGGCAGGAAAUUAGAGAAUUAUGCCCAGCACACCAGUAAUUCUAAGGAUGAGAUCAUUACAUCACCUGGUUUCCCUGAUUCUCCGUAUCCUCCAAAUACUUUGGUACAGUGGCAGCUGCGGGGUGACCAAGGCUACGUUCUCAAACUGGCUUUUGACACCUUCAACCUUGAGAAAAACUGUGGAAAUGAUUUAGUGAGAGUGUAUGACUCUUUGAUCGCCAUUGACAAACAUCUCAUGGCAGAGAAAUGUGGCUACUAUUCUCCCAGCGAUCCCCUAACCUUCGUCUCAUCUCGAAAUGUUAUACUUGUCACCUUGAUAACCAAUGAGGAUGGGAACUAUCCCGGGUUCAGAGCCCGUGUCACCCAGAUUAAGCAAGAUAGCAGUGAUCUCCAGUGUGGUGGUAAAUUGACUGGAUCUUCUGGUACAUUUACAUCACCACACUUUCCCAGUUAUUACUCUCCCAAUACAACAUGCCAGUGGGACAUUGAGGUUCCAGCUGGAAAAUUCAUUAAGCUGAAAUUCCCAAAGUUCUUGGUGUCUACAGGGGACCAGAAUUCUUGCCCAGGAGAUUAUGUAGAGGUGAUUGGUAAGAGCAAACUGUGUGGGCAGAAGCCAGCUAAUACCAUGGUUACCAGCAGCAGUAACAAGAUGACUGUUGUGUUCCACUCCAAUUCUUCACGUGUAGAUCGAGGUUUUAAUGCCAUUUAUGAGGCCUUUGAGCCCACCGACCCCUGCCCGACCCAGUUCCAAUGCGAUAACAAACGCUGUGUUAACCCAACUGUGCGCUGUGAUGGCUGGAACGAUUGUGGAGACAGCAGCGACGAGAAAAAUUGCCAAUGCAGCUCCAACAUGAUCCAAUGCAGAAAUGGCUUCUGUAAGCCUCUGUUCUGGCAGUGUGAUGGCGUAGAUGACUGUGGAGAUCUUACAGAUGAACUUAAUUGUGGAUGCAAGACUGGGGAAUUUAAGUGUAAAAAUGAUCAGUGUGUAUCAGAGAAGAUGAAGUGUGAUGGACAGCAGGACUGUAAGGAUGGCUCGGAUGAGGAGGGCUGUUCAAGAGAUAUUACCUGCACAGUCUCAACGUUUGCUUGCGGUAAUGGCAAAUGUAUCACCAAACAGAACCCUGAGUGUGAUGGGCAUGAUGACUGCGGCGAUAAAUCUGACGAAGCCAUGUGCGACUGUGGCAAGAUAGCUUACAAGAAGUCUCGCAUUGUGGGCGGGCAGGAUGCAGGGGAGGGAGAGUUCCCUUGGCAAGUCAGCCUCCACAUUAAAAACAUUGCACAUGUUUGUGGUGGAUCACUGAUCAAUGAUCGCUGGAUUGUGACUGCUGCCCACUGCGUACAAGAUGAAGGCAAAACCAGGUAUUCUCAGCCGGGCACAUGGGAGGCAUACAUGGGACUUCAUACACAGAGAGCAAAACAGGCGGCAGCAAGGAGAAACAUAAAACAAGUGAUUGCUCACAAGGAUUACAACCAUUACACCUAUGACUAUGACAUCGCUCUUAUGGAGCUGGAAUCACCUGUGACCUUCAGUGAGACCAUUCGCCCAAUUUGUCUUCCCACUGCCAAUGACGUCUUCCCCGCUGGUUUACCUGUCACCAUCACUGGCUGGGGUGCUACAAGAGAAGGGGGCUCUGGAGCAACUGUGCUUCAGAAAGCACAGGUUCGCAUCAUCAACGGCACUGUGUGUGAUCAACUAAUGAAUGGUCAGAUAACAUCUCGCAUGACGUGUGCCGGCGUUCUGUCAGGAGGAGUGGAUGCUUGCCAGGGUGACUCAGGCGGUCCUAUGUGCUAUUCAACCAAUGACCGCAUGUUCCUGGCCGGAGUGGUGAGCUGGGGUGAUGGUUGUGCCCGCAGAAACAAGCCAGGCAUCUACACAACCGUCCCGAAAUUCCGUGGUUGGAUCAAAGAGAAGACAGGAGUAUAACUUGUGGAUUAUGGUGGACUUUUAUGGACCUUUUUCAUUCUCUGGUCACAAAUAUUUUUGACACCCCAGAAUAACUUUGCAGCAUAGUGGCGUGGUGCACUCCUUUGCAAUGUUUUUGAGGACAAACAGAUGGACCAUUUUAUAUAUUUGUAUAUUUUAUGAGAAGUGGUUUGAGGGUUUUAAGCUGUCUUAAAAUGUGUAAAUAAAUGUCUUAUCUCCUCUUAAAAGUUUAGUUGUUUUUAGUGACUAUGUUGUUUAAGUGAAGCAGUGAAACAUGUUUUUUAAUGUGAAUGAUUUAUUUUGUGUGGGUUUGUUGGUCUGAGAAGUCUAUUUCUGGGUCAUACACGCUUAAAUGUGAACAUCUUCAACACUUUUCUGCAUUUUGUCAGUAAUGUACAUGCUGUAAUGUGUCUUGAUUUUAAACCAUCACAGAAACACUGUCUUGUGUGCCUCAAUAUUUGCAAGUCUUUGGUGCAUUAUUUGAUUCAGGGACUAUGUUUAACACUUUUGAAAUUAAUGUAGCAGCAAAUACAUUGUUUCAUGCACAAUGAUUGAACAAUUUAGCUAAAUUUCACAAUGAAAUAAAAACUAUAAUGAUGUGUAAUUUUUACCCAUUCUUGUUGUUCUAAAAAAACAAGUUGCUAAAUUGUCAAUAUUUGUACCUGAAGCUUCCUGAAAUGAUGAACCUGCUGAAAACUUUGAAAAGGUUUAACACAUAUUGCAAUGAGAUUAUUAUGUUUCCGAUUGCGGAAAGGGCUGAUUUGAUUAUGUAUGUGAUAAUAUAAAUAUUAUGUUUGUAUGUAAUGUGAUAAGUUCAUAAUUCAGGCCAUAUUUUUUUUUCAACUUCUGCUCUCACAUCUGCCUGAAUGAAUGCAGCUGAAAAGGCCAAGAGCUUUGCAAAGAUGGAGUCUGAAUUAUACAACGUUCCUGUUAUUUUAAGAGUUAGCAGUUAUAUACAGUACUGUGCAAAGGUUUUAGGCACAUAAGAUGCUUCACAAAAACAUUUGUCUUAAGAUGGUUAUUUAUGUUUUCAGCUUUAGUGUGUCAAUAGGAAAUAUAAAGGUUAGACUCCCAAACAUUACUUUUGUAAAUAGAAAAGUUUAGAAUAGAAGAACAGGGAUACCUGCAACAAAUAUCACGGUCCCCACAGACCCCCACUGAACAUCGUGUCUGUCUGAGAUUACAUAAAGUGACAGAAGCUGUUGAGACAGUCUAAACAGAAGAACUGCGGUGAAUUCUCCAUGAAGCUUGAGACAUCCUAUCUGCCAACAACCAAAAGUGUCCAGGAGUAACAAGGAGAAUUGGUGCUGUUUUGAAGGCAAAUGUGGUCACACCGAAUAUUGAUUGAACUUUUGUUAUGUUCACUUUGUAUGACAUUAAGUGAGAAAUGAAAACUAUUCAUGGCAUUAUUUUUGAAGACACCCUCACCAUGCAACAUUUUUCACAAGUGCCUAAAACUUUUGCACAGUACUGUAUAUUUCUGUUCUUCUCUUUACAUGAUCAUUUAAAAACAUAAAGGUUUACUAAUCCAUAAACGUAGCUGUUUCAGCUAUCUCAUGCUUCUUACAAAUUGUCAUUUUUAAAAAGCAAAAAAUAAAUUGCCAAUAAUGAUUUGAGACCAUGUCAAAUGUAUCACUCAUAAGAGAAAUUGAACAUUGACUGAAAAAAAUAGAUCACUGUGGAACUUGUACAUCUCAGUCAGUCAAAAUGAUGGAUAAAAUAGGUCUAUUUCUCCUACUUUAGGUCCCUGGUCGUAGAGGCCCAAUUU